ACAAUAAGCACCUUCAUCCCCCCCAAAGGCGGAGAGAGAGAGGGAGAGGAGGAGGAGGAGGAGAGACAGGGGGAGAGGAGAGCUGAUGCCUAAGCGAGUCACUCGGCGCAGGCACGGCGGGCGGGACCACAACUUCCCGGGGCGCGGAGCAGCGCGGAGCGGUGCGGAACGGAGCGCGGCGAUCGGAGCGCGCCCAUGUCAGCUCAGCGCCGGGGGACUGCACGGCGCUACGGGCAGCACUGAGCAACACUCCUCGCCCAGCGAUGUAUUCACUGCUCUCCGCCUGCACUUGCCUAUGUUUACAUUUCCUGCUGCUGUGCUUUCAGGUACAGCAUGGCGAGAUGAAGGCUGGGAGGAGAGCGGAGAGAGGGAGCAGCCUGAAUGCAUCCCAAGGAGAAGCGCGAGGGGGAAAGGUGUUGUUGAAGCUGAAGGACGCUGUUGGUACAAGGAUAAAUAGACGUAAGCUGGACAUGUUUGUUGCCGAGGAGAAUGUAGAUUUUCGGAUACACGUGGAGAACCAAACGCGAGCAAGAGACGACGUGAGCAGGAAGCAGCUCCGGCUCUAUCAGCUGUACAGCAGGACAAGCGGGAAACACAUCCAAGUGCUGGGCAGGAGGAUCAGCGCCAAAGGAGAAGACGGAGAUAAAUAUGCCCAGCUUCUAGUGGAAACAGACACUUUUGGCAGUCAAGUCCGGAUCAAAGGGAAGGAGACAGACUUCUACCUUUGCAUGAACAGGAAAGGCAAGCUAGUGGGGAAGCCUGAUGGCACCAGCAAGGAGUGUGUCUUCAUUGAGAAGGUCCUAGAAAACAACUACACGGCGCUGAUGUCAGCAAAGUAUUCAGGCUGGUAUGUUGGAUUCACCAAAAAAGGGAGGCCACGGAAAGGGCCCAAGACCCGGGAAAACCAGCAAGACGUACAUUUUAUGAAGAGGUACCCAAAGGGGCAAGUGGAGAUACAGAAACCUUUCAAGUACACAACAGUCACCAAGAGGACUAAGAGAAUACGACCCACCAACCCCAGUUAAAAGUAGAUGAAACAGUGUCAUGAUAAUAAACCACAAAAAAAAAAAAAAACCUAACAAAAAAAUAACAAAAAAACAAACAAACAAAAAAAAAACAACAAAAAAAAAACUGCACCAGAGGAAUAUUUUUACAUUAAAGAUAAGGAAGAAGCUCUAUUUUUGUACAUUGUGUUUAAAAAAAUAAAAAUAAAAAAUAAUAAAAAAAAAACGAAUAAAAGACUAGAUGGCAAACGCUGGGGAAAAGCUGUUAGGGAUUUAUUGUGACUUGAAAAACGAAAUGAACUGCUCUAUUUAAAUUGACUUCUCGUUGUUGAUGACACACAGGUGCUUAUUUCUCUUUUUGGAAAGGACAACUUUUCAAGCAUAUCCCCAGAGGGAAAAAAAGAAAAACAAGACAAAAAAAUAAAAAAAAAAGAAAGAAAUAAAAAGGAAAAAAAAAACCAACAAAAAAAGAGUAAUUAUUAAAAAUAAAUAAAUAAAGCCAAAGAAAACCAAAGUUCUUUCCCAAAGUUACUGAGACCCUGCCCUGAAACUUGCCAGUUUUGCAGUAAUCUAUUUAUUGUCUGCUGCAAGCUGGACUGAGACAAGAUGGUGUGUGCCGCAGUGAUUGAGUUUGCGUGGAGUUCUCGACGCAUCGAUCUUCUGUAACCUUUCUGACGACAUAAGGUGUCACGGCUCCGUGAUCCUGCAUUGCGCUCAGUUCUGGAGAAUGCUGCUAACUACAUUCAAGUGACUACAAAAUGACCUAGUACACCAAUGAUAAGGGAAUAUUUUAAAACCAGCUAUAUUAUAUAUAUUAUAUAUAUAUAAGCUAUUUAUUUCACCUCUCUGUAUAUUGCAGUUCCAUGAACCAAGUAUUACUGCCUCAACAAUUAAAAAAAAAAUUAUUUAAAACACAUGUAUAUAUUUUUGCUGUUCAUGCUUAAUUCCCCCUUGCUGAAUAGUGUUGUUUUAGUGGCUGUUUAUCUUUGAUGUGAGGACUGCACGGUGUCUUUGGGAUGGUUUCCCUGCUAUAAACAUUAUUGCCGGUUCUGCA